AGGUCCACAAGUUUUAUAUUAUGAUUAAAUGUCCCUAUUUAAACACAAAGUAAACACAACAGGGAAAUACUAGCAAUCAAAAAGGCAAGGGUCAAGAGUCCAACUUAAACAAACACUAAUCACAAUAAUGGUGACUUAAAAUAAAACAAAUCAUCAACCUAACCUAAUACGGGUUGGAUAUGCAAUGUCAGGAAAUAGACUGCAUGAAGUCAUAAAACCUCGCCUUAACAGAAAAGAGGAGAUCCACGCACCUUCUGUUACCUGCAGCUGUGAAAACCAAGGUAUUUUUUGUGCGCACUUCCUCCUAAAAAUGUAAUGGAUUCAACAAUACAUUUCGACCUGUGAUGAUCACGAUUCACGAAUAAUAGAUGUUGCUUUGGAGGAUAAAUGAAAUAAUACAGAUCUGCAUCAAAAACGGUGGCUAAAAUUGUUUUAUUGUUAUUUUUUGAAAUGUUGCCUAAUUCCAUUAUAAAAAAAAAGAUUUCCAUUAUAACUUCCAUUAUAAAUCAUCAACUGUUUUCCAUUAAAGCCAUCACAAAUUCCUUUAUGUAGCAUACUGUGUUUUGUGUCUUAUACCAGUACGAUUUAAUUGUAUUUUUCCAUCUGCCAGAUAACAUCACAAUGCAAACCAUCAACAUUACGAGACCAUAAUUGUUUCAAACCAAUGCAAUUCCAGUUAUAACUAUUCGAUUUAUUCCUGUGAUGGUUUCUGAUGGUUUUAAAGAGAUGCUUUCUUCCUUGUUGUCUAAAUAAACACUUAAUGUAUUAUCUUUAUGAAUUAAUGUAUACUCACUAAUAUGCAACAGUAAUUAUUUGCUUUUUUCAUGAACUAACACCUGCCGGAAAUUUGAACUGCAUCACUUCUCUUCAUUCAGAGCUUCAGGAUGUCCCUGACAGUGUCUAAGGGUGACGGGGUGACUGUUAUCACCGUCACCCCAAACUCAAAGAGUAAAUGGCCCAUUCUGUGUCAGAUUCUGGGUACCAUGUGCUACAGUCCUGUGUGUUCUGUAGCUCACGAUAUGAAAGGAAAGCGAACAGAAACUCUGACAGCUCUUGGGAUUUUGCAGAUGAUAGUUGGUGUCAUAAAUAUUGUGGUGGGAAUCUUGUUUGCAACCCUCUUCAUAGAACGUUACAUUAUGACGGUUCAAGCUCCUUUUUGGCUUGGUGGCGUGUUUCUUGCAAUUGGAAUCCUAUGUAUUCUUGCAACCAAGUUUCCCAGUCCUUGUCUGGUGGUAAUCGCAGCGAUUCUGAACAUAGCCAGUGGUGCGCUGGCAAUCACAGCUGUUGUGCUUUAUUCUGUAGACCUGGCGAGUGAUCACGGCUUGUAUUGCUAUAGCUAUAACAGUGAUUAUUACUCUACACCUUCCUCAAUAAAGGAACAAAUGUGGAAAAGCUGUGAGGAAUACAAGCAUCUCUAUCAGAUGUUUCUUGGAGGUCUAGAUAUCAUGAUGAUUGUUUUGUCAGUUCUUCAGCUGUGCGUAGCCAUCAGUUUCUGUGUUCUGACUGUCAAGUUUUUGUUCAAGAAGAGUGAAGAUUUGAAGUCUGUGGAGGAACCACUACUUCUGGAAGAUACCAUUGCCAUUCCUGCAUGCUAGAGAGAAAAGAGACACACACAAAAGUGCAUUAUUAUUCAACUUUUUAUUUUUUAAUCAACUUCGGGUUUUUGUAAUUCAUUAAAGUAUUGAUCUAAGAAUUCAAAUUAUGCUUAAAAUGUUAAUGAUUGUAUCCUUUAAAAAUUAAAUAAUCCUUUAAAUAAAUGACUAGAGCACUUCAGCAUAAACCUUUCUUUGUGUAUUUAUUUGUAAGCAACCUGUGUGUAUAAGUUAACGGUCCUGUUUUGGAAAUAGGUUACUUAUUGGACCCUAAUGAUAUAUUGUGUCAUAAUAUUUUGUGAUACAAGUAUUGUGUAGGGCUCUGUCUAAUCCUAUUGGCCGAGCUACCAACAUGUGACUUGUCUCAACACAUAUAACGUAAAAAAAGUUUUUUAUGUAAGUGAUUUUAUUGCUUUAUGAUGUUUUAUCUCUUAGGGGCGGGUUUCCGGACAGGGUUUAGAUUAAUCCAGAACUAGGCGUCAGUUACAAUAGGACAUUUAAGUAAUAUUUACAAACAAACCUUACAAAAAAACAUUACUGGUGUGCAUCUUGAGACAAAACAAUGGCACUGAUAUAUGUUAAGAAAUGUCAGUAAAGGUGUUUUUAAAGACAUGCAUUUUAGUCUGGGACUAUAAGAUAAACCCUGUCCAGGAAAGCUUUCUUAAAUCUUUUCUUAUUAUCAUCCCUUUUAAGA